AGAGUUCUUGAGGCUCUUGGUGGCAAGAAGUGUUCGAUGUGCAACGAAAUAUUGAAAACAUUGGGAGUUCUAUCGAGCAGAAUAUUUUUAUAGCCAGGUUUUUAUUUGGUUUCUUGUUUGCUGCGAAACUAGUGAGCAACAUGGGCUGCGUAGGGAGUAAAGACCAACAGAAAGCCGCUUACGAUAGAUUAUCACAAUAUCAACUCGCCUCACUUGAAGAAUCAAAAGGUUUGAAAAAAGUGCCCAUUCCAUUGGAUCCAGAAGAGGGGCGAGACAAGCACCACAGCAUAUCACCAUGUCAGUUCCACAACUUAUUCUACGAUGGAUUUUAUGCACCAUACAUGAGCAAUCCGGAUUAUUUGAUGUUGGUAGACGUCCGCGACGAAAACUCAUUCCUCGAGAGGCAUAUCCUCUCUGCACGUUGGUAUGGAACCCUUCCGUUAGAAAACCUUCAGGACUUGAGCAAGUACACGCUUAUUAUCCUCUAUGACCAAGAUGGAAGCGACGAAAACCAAGAUUCAAAUAUGAAGAGAGUCCAAACUUUAUUGCAAAGCGCCCAGUUAGACCCGUUCUGCAUUUGUGGCGGAAUAGUACAAAUAGAGCGAUCAUUGCCUUAUAUGAUUGCUUCGAAUUGUUCUGGAGUUCCAGAGCGUCAACUAGCACUUGGUUGGUAUCCGUCCAUCAUCAUGGAAGAUACAAUGUGGCUUGGAAGAAUGGAACAAGGAUCGAACACCACUAUUCUAUUGAAUCUAAACAUUACCCAUUUGAUCCACAUUGGACAGACAGGACCUGCAUUGGCCUUUCCCGGCAUGACUUGCUUAACAGUCAACUGGAGUGAAACGCUGAAAGGUCAAGAACUGUAUAACGCACUUAAAGGAGCAACAUCGUUUGCCAUAAAAGCAAUUCAAGAAAAAGGACGUGUACUAAUCUUGGGGGACCAAGGCGUCAAUCGCAGCGCAACAUUAACUAUGGCCGUGCUGAUGCAAGAUAAAAGCUGUACUCUGGAGGAUUCUUUUUACUAUGUAAAGUGCUUGCGGCCGGCAGUUCAACCCAGUCCUCCUCAUCUAGAAGUUCUGAGUAAAUUUGAAACAGAACUUUUCGGCAAAAAGAUCUCUUCUGUAGAAGACCUAUGGUGAUCCAUUUGCAAAAAAUUCAUUCUCAUUACCAAAUCAAUAAUAUUCGCAUGCAUUUUAUCUGGUUCAUGCCCUAGAGCAAUUGAGAAUCAUAUUUUUUUUUAUCCAAGUCAAGGAAAUGAAGAAUUUUACAUGUUUGUUAAUCAGCAUAUGUCGUAAUACGCGAAACUUACGUAAUUAACAGGAUCGUCUUCCUGCGUAAGGCUUUUUAAAUCAUUCUGGGGAUAUCAUAGAUUAUGUUGUAACACAGAACUAAAAUUUAAUAAAAUCUCUUUUUU